UCAAUCUCACAAAAAACCCCCGGGUUGGAUCAGCAGAUUAACUCCAAACAGGUUUGAUUAUUUUUAAGGUGAUGGAGGUGUGUAGACAAUCACACGUAUUCAAGUAGCUGCAUAAAGGUGAGCCGCUAACUGUGGAGCGCUUUGGCUCUGAUGGAGAACUUCGUCAAUGGAAGGAUUCAGAAGGAGCGCUUGAUCAUAUUGAUCAGCUGGGAAAUGUUGAUGAUGGUUUAAUAGCGUUUAGAUUAAUCCAGACUGAUCAUCCUGGAGCUCUGAGCAGAACUUAAAGAAGGAGCUGUGCAGUACCAGUACAUGAUUCUACUAUUUAUAAUAAACGUCCAUUUUACCCACUCAAAUGACUCUGACUGUCUUCAAAUCCCGGCUGAACGCUCUGCUGUUCAAACAGGCAUUUGUAUGAUCUCUUUAUUUUCUUUAUUAUUAUUAUUAUUAUUUGGAUUUUUUUUCUUUCUUUAAAAUGUAUUAUUUGUAUUUUUGUGAGGUUACCUCAUGUUCCCUGAAAGCACCCUUUAAAUAAUAUAUAUUAUUAGUAGUAUUAUUAUUAGUAUUAUUACAAAUACUUGUCCUGCUUCAAACAAGGACGUUGCCAUGGUAAUUCCUUCACGUGGUGGCAGACUUCCAGGUAUUUGUACUAAUUUACAUGCUGUAUGUAUUUAUGGAGACAACAGGGCGGACCAGUAGCUGCGCUCUAUUUCCUGCAAAUUAGGAUUUAUAAAGGAAAGGUGCGCGGCCACGUGCGCACAGCUUUAUACAUCCGGAUUUUUUUUGUGCGCCGCACUUUUCUACGUUUUUCCGUACGCCAAGUUUUAGUGUGAAAACUGUGCACUCUUUUAUGCAUGAGGCCCCAGAUGUGAAAAACUCCUCGCAUUAAGCUCGGGCAACCAAAACAGUGUCUGUGGCACUUAUUAAAAACUCAACAGACACGAAAUGGAAGAGCCACAUAAAUUAAAUCUUCCCAUUUGUCCCUCUGUAUCCAGCAGAGAUGAGCAGUGCAGUGAUUUAGCUCAUCAUGCAGGGCCGGUCCAAUGCUGUAUGAGGCCUUGAGCAGAAUUUGACUUAGGGGCUCCUUUUGCUGCUAAGAACAUCAGCACCACUAACAGCAUUUCAAUGCAGAUCUAGUGAAAUCUGGGAAGUGGAGGGUGGUUUAAUAGGCCGAUUUUAAAAGCAGUCAGUCAUAAUUGUGAUUUACUGACAUGUAUUUGUGUACAAACAGAGCUCAAAAUCAAAGAUUUAAACUCAUAGCAUCAGAUUGUAACACUAACUAUGACGACUGUUCUUUGAACUUUUACAAAGUAAACAUGCCAGCUCCUUAAAAUUUUAAAUUCAAAUAUUAAUAUAUAUUUUUAAAUGUAUCUAUGCUGAAUCCAUUAAACUAAAUUUAGUGACACUGAUGUUCUCAAUAAACAAAUGUUACAUUUAUAUAUCUGUGUUAAAAUAUUUGCAUUUAUGGGGCCCCUGGAGGCCUGGGGGGGCUUCUGGAGCUGCUGACUUACUUUGGAUUAAACAAAAGUGCAAUUAAUUGACAUUUAUUUUAAUAAUGUAUUCCCAUAACAGAUAUAAUUACACAGUAAUAUUUUUACAUUUCCUGUCAAUUUAACAUCUUUUAAUAGAAAAACAUGGUGGGCAGCUGGUGAACGCCCACCGACCACCAGAGUCAGCAAGUUCUCUUGGGUAAACCCUGUGAGCAGCUUUUAACUGAAGUUAGCUAACUGAAGUUAGCUAACUUCAACCAACUGAUAAAGAAACGGUUCCCUGUCAUUUCUGUGAACCAUGCUGUUUGUUUAAAUGCAUUUCAGACAUUUUUGCUUAUGUGGAGCAUUUAAUGCUAUUUUUUCCAUUUAAUGCUAAUUUUCUGCAGAGCCUUGGUAUCACUUGAAUAAUUAGCAGUUUUUUAAUAUAAAUAUAUGCAGAUGCUUCAGAUAUGAUUCCAGGUCUAUUUUAGAAUGCGUAUGCUUGAGCAGAAAUGUUUAUGAUUUCAAGUUAAAACUGAGAAGAACCCUUUAGCUUCUGUUUCAGGGCUUUGGUAAUACUAGUUAGUGGACAGGAGCAGAGCUUCCAGGCUGUGACAGAGGAGUUAAACAAAACAAAGAAGAGAGGAUGAAAGGAAGAAGACAGAAAAUUCCCUGGAAAAACAGCUUUCCAUUGGAUGCUUCUUGUCUGAUCACUCCAGUAGACAGCAAACACUUCUUCAAGAACUUCUGAAGUUUCAAUCAGAAAUGACAGCACGGCCUAGUUAAAGUUCCGGUCUGUACCACGUCUGGAUGUAACUCUGCUGAGCCGGUCAGCAGUGGUUAGUUGAACAAAUCAAUGCCAGAUGUAUUCAAUAGUAUUUUCAAGAAGCUUAUACACUUUCAGGAUUUGUUGGUGCUGCAGAACCAUCAGUGUUGUAUCUACUGUGAUGCUGGAUGCAUGUGUGCAAGUCAACAAGGAUGAAAUAAACACUCAUAUGAAUGCUGAGUUUAUAUAAUGUUCAUUUAGGGCAUCAUUCUAACUUUUGCUUUGUUUCUGUUUUCCAACCGAAGAGAUGAUCUUGAAGUGAACACCUGAUUGGCAACAUAUAAAUCUCAACCUCAACUGGUGACUUGGAAGACAUCUUCUCCCCAUCAGCAGGGUCAAUUUUGUUUGCCCUGUUUGAGAUCUGCCUGCAACCAUGACAACCAAAACCAACAGUAGCGUUCUGGCUGGCAAAGCGUCCUCCUGCCCCCUGUUGUCUUCUCCCCCUCGUCAACGUCUAGUCACCAAAGAUGGACACUGUGCGCUUAAUGCCCCCGCCUGCCCCUCAGACUCGUGGCGCAGGAGCUGGGGCAGAGUCUGGCUGCUGGCUCUGCAGGAUUUGUGGGGACUAUUGGUGAGUCUGCGCUGGAGAUGGGUACUCCUCGCCUUCUGUGCAUCCUUCAUUGCCCACUGGCUGUUGUUUGCCUGCUUGUGGUACUUGCUGGCCCAUCUCAAUGGAGACCUGGCUGUGAAAAAUCAUGAUGACCCCCCACAGGAUCACGUGGUUUGCGUGAAACAUAUUACAAGUUUCACUGCUGCCUUCUCCUUCUCUCUUGAGACCCAGCUGACCAUUGGCUAUGGCACCAUGUUCCCCAGUGGAGACUGUCCCAGUGCUAUAGCACUGCUGGCUGUGCAGAUGUUGCUGGGGCUUAUGCUGGAGGCCUUCAUCACAGGUGCAUUUGUAGCCAAGAUUGCUCGUCCUCAGAAGAGAGCAGGAGCCAUCGAGUUCAGUCCCCAGGCAGUCGUGGGCCAACACCAGGGCCAGACGUGCCUCAUGAUACGAGUCACUAAUCUUAUUCAGCGACCUCUGGUGGACGUGAAGGUGAGUGCAGUGCUCUAUGAGGAACAGGAAGGCCAGGCUCUGUACCAGACCUCCCUGGACUUCCACUUGGACCAUUUAGGCCAACAGCCAUGCCCCUUCUUUAUUUUCCCGCUUACUUUUUACCACCGACUGGACCGCCAGAGCCCCCUCUACCCUGCUCUUUGUGAAGGCACAUCCAAACACUUUGAGCUAGUCAUUUUCCUAACAGCAUUGCAAGAGGGAACUGGUGACUCCUGCCAGAAGAGAGCCUCUUACUUACGCCAAGAAAUUCAGUUUGACCGGCGAUUUCUACCUGCCUUGGGGCUGGAUGCUCGGGGCAAGUACUUGGUGAGCAAAGAGCACUUUGACACCGCCCACUCCAAGGACCCUUUGAACAAAGAUUGUGUGGUACAAAUCAAUGGUGAUGACACUGACAGGAUGGAGUAAACAUGAUAAACAAGAGCUCCGACUUGGACAGCAGGAGGGGUCCUUUGCACAUGGAUGUUUUGGUCAGGAGAAUCCAGCUAACUUUAUUUUCUGACCUGUAAAAUACUGUCAGAAAUAGGUGAUCCUGUUUGUUCCCAUCACUAGUUCCACCUGUGCAUUUCAGUUUGAAGUCUGUGCAGCCUCUGCCAUUUUUUCCUUACCUGAUUUACUUGGGUCACAGUUUGUCCAAACUGUGUUAAGAUGCAAUAAAGAAGGUGCAACAGAAUAAAAUAAAAUAUUGUCUGAAGCCGCGGAUGAAUAAAAGGCCUUAAUUUAGAUUGGACAUGUUAAUGCCACAUGGGUCACAUAUUAUAUGUUUCACAUUUUCAUCAUCUGAUCUGACUUGAAUAAGAUACAGUCUUUAACAAAAUCAUUGAACUGCCUUUGGAUAUGUUCACCAGUGUUAUUGAGAGCUGUUACCGGUUCAAAUAUAUUCAAAAUGAGACAUUGUUCUAUUGAGUUUUAAAUACUUUAAAGACAAAUAGAAUAUUUGUGGAAAUAAAUCUUUGUAGCUGUCACAGAGUUCCUAAAGGAAAACAUAAUCCCUCUUCCAGAGGCAUUAAGAGAAGUGAGACACAUCUCCAAAGUGACAUGCAAAAUAAGAAUUCAUAGUGAAGAGGAAGCAAGACAACGGGAAUCGUUUUUCUAGUAAAAAAAGAAACCAGUAUAGACACUAUAGCUACAUGUGAUGGCUGACAUGUCACACAGGCAGAGGGCACUGCAGGAUCUGAGUCAAGUUGGCGUGACGUUGGCCCCCUUUCUUAACUCAAACUAAACAAUAUUAGUCCACAAUGCCUGAGCUGCUUUGUGCAGCACAGUUUUUCUUGUUUGUGCCACCAGGGGGGGUUCUAGGCAUGGAUGCAAGAGGAGGCAGGCAGAAAUGUGAAGGGAGCGUCAUUACGAGUAUAUUUUAUGCUCCAUGGUAUUUAUUAACAUUGUUGACUUGUGUUUUCUUCAUGGGAUUGAGGUCAACUGUGCCCAACCCAACAACAACAAAAAACUUAUAAAUGUAUAAGAACUUGAUGAUUAAAGAUGCUUUUCAUCCAAGAUUGAACAACCAACAGCGUAACACUUAUCUACUUGGAGGGUCACUAUGCAGUUCUACAUUUUACUCUGCUAUAUUUAUUACAGUAGAGUAAAAUGUUCUCUAGUUCAUUACACACAUAUUACUGUGUAUACACUAUAUACAUGAUAUAUAUUAACAUCCUGAAUGGGGUAGCUUGUCAAGUAAUAAGCAAUUUUCCCUUGGGGACCAAUCAAGUAUGUUCUAUUCUAUUUUAUUUAAAGAUAGGAAAAAAUCUCCAGAGGUCAUCAUAGGUCAACUAGUCAGUCCACAUUCACAAAAUCCAAAGAAAUAUGGCAUCAAUUAACUGAGCUAUGUUGGUGUUGGUUAAUGCAGGUAAAAUAUUUUAGCACGGUUAAUUGACACCAAAUUUACUUGAUUUUGUAAAUUUGGAGGAGGCUGCUUGACCUGCGAUGACCUCUGGAAACAUUUAGUAAUAUCUUUAACAUGAUAGUGGCACAAACAAGGAGUUUUGCUGCACCGACGUUUCACAAACUUUUGACACCAAUUUCGUUUAAUUUGAAGAAGUUGGGGGGGCAACGUCACUAAGGUAGCAAGACGCAAAAUUGUGCGAAGAUGUAAAGAUAUUUAUUCAUUUCUGCAAUUCUUCAGGUCAAAUCAUCUGGCAGGUCAAAGUCAGAAAAACUGAGAAAGAAUGCUUUUUUCUAAGCAACCAUCCAUUUAUUAGUUUCUUUCCUGUUUUUCUGAACAACUGCAGAUUAAAAAAAACUUUGAAGACUUUUAGAAUCAUCACAGAUAAAUAUAUUUUGAGCUGUAUAUUAAAUGCAUUUCUUGUAUCCUCAGAUUUCAGUAGACUGUAAAGUAUUUUUAUGCAUAUUGUGUGUCCACAAAAAUUAUAUCUAGAACUCAGCUAAGAACAUGGGUCUCUGCAGAAAAUUUAUUAAUUAGCAUGAAGUGCAGUUAAAUCAUAUUUUUUUAAAAAACAAAACAUUUGUUAUUUGCAGAUUUGGAUCUGUAGUAAUUUCAGGUCAUCUGACUCCCAUUGUUCACAAAGUUGCUUGUAAAUAAUUACUGCGUAAAAACCCUGAGUGUGUUUCUGAUCAUUUUCUUAAGUUUUGAUGUUCUUGAGCCUCAAAAUCAGACAAGGUUUCACUUCAAAUGUCACAAAUACAAGCCAGCUUUAAGCAUAACAUCACCACACCCAUGUCUAAAGUGAGGUUUCUAAUAUAUGAGUGACCUUCAUAAUUACUAAUAGACAAACAGUUAAUGAUUUAUUUGUAUAUGAUUGAUUUUAGCAGGUUGUUGUCUAAAAUUAUACAAAGAAAGAUAUUUUGUAUUACACUGAAUUUUUAAAAUGUUUUUGGAGAUUUAGCCUUGAAAAUAAGCAUAGUAUGUUAAAGUUGUAGCAUGUAACUUUAUAUAUAUAUAUACACACAUACAUAUUUGUUGAAACUGCAUAUUGUGACAGUAUGGUAUGAGACAAAUAAUCUGUGAAAAAAGCUUCUCUGCUUUCUCCCAGUGCUAACUGGAAACAACCAAUCAGAGCCUUGAGGAGGGUCUUAGUGCUGUCAAUCACUCUACAUGCGGCGCUGCUUACCACUCCCUCGCUCUCUGCUAAGCUGCAGUUUCUUCCUUAUAGAAGAGCCUGCUGUGAAUGCUCAUGCUGGUUACCAUGGCCACUGAUGACGGCAGAUAAAAAGUUUUUCUAUAACGCAAAGUUGUUUCUCCACUACUAGCAUAUUGUGCAGCGUGCACAAGCUUGAUUGACAGCACUGAGACACUCCUCCUGGAUCUGAUUGUUUGCUGUUUGUGAUCAGGAGAGGUGCAUUAAGUCAGGUGGUAAUAGUAGCUCAGGGGGGAGGUGCAGGAGCUAGAUCUUAUGUUGUUUAUCUCAUAUUAUACUUUCAUAACAUGACAGUUUCAGAAAAUAUGCCAAAACAUAUUUUAUGAAAGUUACAUAUUGCAGUAUUACAGUAAAUUCCUUUUUAAUAAAUGUUGUAUUUACAUUAUUUGAUUAUAAUCAGAUGGUUUUUUUCUAUAUUGUUUUCAAAGAGAUCACUUAGACGCGUGUAAACGUCAUUGAACCUCAUGCUUUAGUGACUUUAUACACUGACUAUAAUGGGAAAUAAACUUUUUUAAACAAACCCAGACAUGAC